GACAGUUUUGGUUGUGAGAUACAUUUUUUAUAUGAAGAGUUUGACAGUUUUGGUAUAGAUUUUCAUGAAUAAAAAAAUUAUUAGCUGUUAACAUAAUUGUAACUUGUAUGAAUUCGCCCUGGUAGUAUGAAUGCGCGUGCGAGCGUUUAAUUUUAGUGCGAGUCUAGUGAGUGUUUAGUAGUUGUUGGGUGUCUGGUGUGUUUUGGGUUAUUUUGGCUGCGUAGUAUAAUAGUUUUGCAAAAUUUUUUAAUAAUAAAUUAUUAAAUAAGCAAAACGAAGAUCGUGAAAGAAAUUGCGUAAAUUUAAAAAAUAACGAAACAAUAGCAAUAUAAUUAAAAAACACAUGGAGGGAUUCGUUGAUACAAACACCUGUAGAGCCAAUGAAAGUGAUUUGGAAGUAGUAGUUGGGGAAGCAUGUUGUUCAACAACAACAACAACUACGAGCACAACUACAACUGAUAAUUGCUGUAAAACAAAUGCUGUUGCUGAUAGUGCUAGCAUGUUACCAGUAGUAGAGUCUAACGAACAACAAUUACAGCCCAUGGCAGGGUGCGGUAAAGAGGUAACCGGUCUAACACAUGAGUGUGGGGUUUUUGGAGCCAUUGCUUGUGGUGAUUGGCCUACACAAAUUGAAAUCGCACACGUGAUAUGUCUGGGUUUGGUGGCCUUGCAACAUCGCGGUCAAGAAUCGGCUGGCAUUGUGACCAGUGAAGGAAAAUGCUCAAAAAGCUUUAACAUGCACAAGGGCAUGGGUAUGAUUAGCACAUUGUUUAAUGAGGAUUCUAUGAAAAAGCUAAAGGGCAACUUGGGUAUUGGUCAUACCCGUUACUCAACCUCUGCUGCCUCAGAGGUGGUUAAUUGUCAACCAUUUGUCGUGCACACAGCCCAUGGUGCCAUGGCUUUGGCUCACAAUGGUGAAUUGGUGAACAGUGAGUCGUUGAGACGUGAAGUUUUGGGUCGUGGUGUAGGUUUGUCCACCCACAGUGACAGUGAAUUGAUUGCCCAGAGUCUUUGCUGCUGCCCCGAGGGCAUAUCCGAAGAAGACGGACCCAAUUGGCCAGCUCGUAUUCGUCAUUUUAUGCAAUUGGCUCAUUUGUCCUACUCUUUGGUUAUUAUGAUCAAGGACAAAAUUUAUGCUGUGCGUGAUGUUUAUGGCAAUCGUCCUUUGUGCUUGGGCAAAAUUGUUCCCCUCAACUCGGGCACUACUAAAGUGGAAGAUGCUUCAGCCGAGGGUUGGGUGGUAUCCAGUGAAUCCUGCGGUUUUCUGUCCAUAGGUGCUCGUUAUGUACGUGAAGUUGAACCCGGUGAGAUUAUUGAACUUACACGCAAUGGUUAUCGCACUGUGGAUAUUGUUGAGAGACCCGACUUUAAGAAAAUGGCCUUCUGUAUUUUCGAAUAUGUUUAUUUUGCUCGUGGUGAUUCAAUCUUCGAGGGACAGAUGGUGUAUUCGGUACGUAUGCAAUGUGGCAGACAAUUGGCUAGGGAAGCUCCCAUUAAGGCCGAUAUUGUCAGUUCUGUUCCCGAAUCGGGUACAGCCGCUGCUCAUGGUUAUGCUAAAGAAUCUGGUUUGGAAUUUGCUGAAGUUUUGUGCAAAAAUCGUUAUGUUGGACGUACUUUCAUCCAACCCUCUAACCGCUUGCGUCAAUUAGGUGUUGCCAAGAAAUUUGGUGCUCUUUCGGAAAAUGUUGCUGGUAAACGUUUGGUUUUAAUCGAUGAUUCCAUAGUUCGCGGUAAUACCAUCGGCCCUAUUAUAAAACUUUUACGUGAUGCUGGUGCCGUAGAGGUGCAUGUACGUGUUGCCAGUCCUCCCCUGCAGUAUCCCUGUUAUAUGGGUAUUAAUAUACCUACACAUGAGGAAUUGAUAGCCAACCAAAUGAAUAAUGUACAAUUGGCCCGUAAAGUGGGAGCCGACAGUUUGGAAUAUUUAUCCGUUGAAGGUUUGGUGAAGGCAGUAAAUUUGAAUCGUGAAGCUAUGAAUCCCAGCAAGAGUGGUCAUUGUACUGCUUGUUUGACAGGAGAAUAUCCCGGUGGUUUGCCCGACGAAUUGAGUUGGUAAAAAAAGAGGGUAAACACAAAAUGAAACCAACAAAAGGAUUGUAUUUCAAUGUUCUUUGAUUGUCUUUUAAAAAUAGUUUGGUUAAAAGGGGCUUCCUUAAGGCUAAUAACGCUUGCUUGCCUGCAUUUGCAACUAAUUUUAAAUAAUUGUUUUACAAUCCUUUUUUUUAAUUUUAAAAAUUGCAUUUAACUUUAAAAAUUCUUACUAAAAAUAUAAUGUAUAAUAUACCUCAAUUACAUAAAACUAAACUGCCUUAAAAAUUAGAAAAAAAUACUUUUUAUUAAAUAAAAAGUUUUAAAACUUUUUAAGCUAAGUGCUAAAAAGUUUUUAUAUUAUUUUUCAUUAACUAAACUGUUGUGUCUGUUAAUAAUUUACACCUUUUUUGUAAUGUUUAUAGAAAAAAACCUCAAGAAAUAUUUACAUAUCAAACAAAACUCAUACAUCGUAUUAUAAUAAAACUUUUUAAUUCUUUUUGUUUAAUAAAAAUCUACAUAUUCUUUUUUUUUUUUGCAUAAAUUAACAAAACUUCUUAUUACAAAUAAGUAGGGCCGUUACUUAAUUAAUGAUAAACAAAACAAGUUUAUAUUUAAUUAAAACAUGUACAUUUUUUCUCUUUAUUAGUUUUUAAGUUUAAGAGAAACU